CAGCCCUGCCUCGUCGCCUGCUGCCCUCUCUUGCGGGGCUGUGUGUGUGUCUCUCUCUCUGUGUUGUGUGUUGUGUGUGUCGCCUCCUCCUCCUCCUCCUCCUCCUCUUCCUCGGAGGCAGCAGAGAGAAGGGCAAUCCCGAGCAACAGCAGCAGCAGCAGCAUCAGACAAACAAGCCCUCUCUCGGGAAGGAAGGCUUGAGGGAGGAAGGAGGGCUGCGGAGGAGAGCUCGCCUGCUGCCCCAGGAGCUGGAGCCACUCGGGGGGCUCCUCUUUGCAGUGGAAGGCGACGAAGCAGGAGGAGGAGGAGGAGGAGGAGGACUCCCGGGGAAUGCGGCACACCAGCCCUGAGCAAGAAGGAGAAGGAGAAGAAGGAGCGGGAGAGCCUUGACUCAGGGACCCUCCUCCGUUGCUCCUUGCCCAGGAGACCCUCCUCUUGCCUGGCUUGGAGGCGCAGAAAGGAGCCCUGGGGCUGCCCUCGCCCAGCCUGGAAGGGGCUGAGUGAGGGGCUGAGGGGAAGGAAGGAAGGAAGGAAGGCUGCACUGCUGCUGCUGUUUGGAGGCUCCAAGGAGGGCAGGCAGGAGCCCUCUCCAUCCUCCUCUCCUCCAGGAGGAGGACCAGAGCCCUCUCUGCCAGGGGAGGAAGAGGGGGCGGAGGAGGGCCCCUGGGGCCUGCCCUCUCCCUCCGCUGCCCCCGGAGCUUCCCGCAGGAUGCCCGCCUCGCCAGGCUCCGCUGGGCUCCUGCCUUUGCUGCUGGGGCUGGGGCUGGUGUCCCUGGCCCGGGGCAUCCCUCGGGGCCUGUCGGGGCUGGUGCCCGGCUCCGCUGCCACUGCCUCUAGCAGCACCCCUCUGGCCAUCAUGGGCCUGAUGCCCUUAAGCGACUCGGUGGAGAAGGGCCGGAUCGGGCGCGGGGUGCUGCCAGCCAUGCAGCUGGCCAUGGAGCAGAUCCUCAACGAGUCCUUGCUCAGCCCUUACGCCCUCGACCUCCGCUACUACGACACCGAGUGUGACAAUGCAAAGGGACUUAAAGCCUUCUAUGAUGCAAUAAAAUAUGGACCUACGCACCUAAUGGUUUUUGGUGGAGUAUGUACAACUGUCACAUCCAUCAUUGCUGAAUCCCUAAUAGGAUGGAAUUUGGUCCAGCUCUCAUUUGCUGCAACAACACCAGAGUUGGCUGAUAAGAAAAAGUAUCCUUAUUUCUUCCGGACAGUGCCAUCCGACAAUGCUGUGAAUCCUGCAAUUCUGAAGUUGCUCAAACAUUUUCAGUGGAAAAGAGUUGGAACUCUAACUCAAGAUAUACAAAGGUUUUCUGAGGUACGGAAUGAUCUGACUGGUGUCCUGUAUGGUGAAGAAAUUGAAAUAUCAGACACUGAGAGUUUCUCUAAUGAUCCAUGCACAAGUGUCAAAAAACUCAAGGGUAAUGAUGUACGGAUUAUCGUUGGCCAGUUCAAUGAGGAAAUGGCAGCAAAAGUAUUCUGCUGUGCAUUUAAUGCACAGAUGUAUGGCCCUAAGUAUCAGUGGAUCAUUCCUGGAUGGUAUCAGACCUUCUGGUGGGAAAAAGCUAUUCGAAACCUUAAUUCAUCAAACUGUCACACUACAAAUGUCCUUAGUGCUAUGGAAGGCUACAUUGGAGUGGAUUUUGAACCUCUCAGCUCCAAACAGAUAAAAACCAUUUCAGGAAGGACACCACAGCAAUAUGAAAAGGAGUAUGAUCAAAGGCGUGGAAAUGUUGAGCCAAGUAAGUUCCAUGGCUUUGCUUAUGAUGGAAUAUGGGUUAUUGCCAAAACACUGCAGCAAGCAAUGAAGAUUCUCAAUGCCACCAACAAAAACCAAAAAAUUGAGGACUUUAACUACACCAACAAAGAUCUUGGAAAAAUUUUCCUGGAUGCAAUGAACCAGACUAGCUUCUUUGGUGUAACGGGUCAAGUUAUGUUCAGAAAUGGAGAGAGAAUGGGGACCAUCAAAUUUACACAGUUCCAAGACAAAAAAGAAGUGAAGGUGGGAGAAUUUAAUGCUAUACUUGAUUCACUGGAAAUCAUCAACAACUCCAUCAGAUUCCAGGGAAUAGAACCGCCAAAGGACAGAACAAUUGUCCAGCCACAACUUCGCAAGAUCUCUCUUCCUCUCUACAGUAUUCUUUCAGCACUCACUAUCCUGGGAAUGAUCAUGGCUAGUGCGUUUUUGUUCUUUAACAUCAAAAACAGAAAUCAGAAGUUAAUAAAGAUGUCCAGUCCUUACAUGAACAACCUCAUUAUUCUUGGAGGGAUGCUCUCCUAUGCAUCUAUAUUCCUUUUUGGCCUUGAUGGAUCUUUUGUCUCCGACAAAACAUUUGAGACCCUUUGUACUGUCCGGACAUGGAUACUUACAGUGGGCUACACAACUGCAUUUGGGGCAAUGUUUGCAAAAACGUGGAGAGUCCAUGCAAUUUUCAAAAAUGUAAAAAUGAAGAAAAAGAUCAUUAAAGACCAGAAAUUGAUGGUGAUAGUUGGAGGGAUGCUGCUGAUAGAUCUUUGCAUCUUGAUUUGCUGGCAAGUUGUUGAUCCCUUGCAGAGGACAGUGGAAAAAUACAACAUGGAGCCUGACCCUGCAGGCCGAGAUAUUUCUAUUCUUCCCAUUUUGGAGCACUGUGAAAACUCCCAUAUGACCAUUUGGCUUGGCAUUGUUUAUGCCUACAAAGGCCUACUCAUGCUGUUUGGUUGCUUUUUGGCUUGGGAAACGCGAAAUGUGAGCAUUCCAGCUCUGAACGAUAGUAAAUACAUUGGCAUGAGUGUUUAUAAUGUAGGCAUCAUGUGCAUCAUUGGAGCUGCUGUUUCCUUUCUCACACGAGACCAGCCCAACGUACAGUUCUGCAUUGUGGCACUCGUCAUUAUAUUCUGUAGCACAAUCACACUCUGCUUAGUCUUUGUACCUAAGUUAAUCACUCUGAGAACAAAUCCAGAUGCUGCCACUCGGAACAGAGGGCUCCACACUCACAAUCAGAAGAAAGAUGACUCAAAAACAUCGACAUCUGUCACCAGUGUCAACCAGGCCAGCACAUCUAGGUUAGAAGGACUACAAUCAGAAAACCACCAGCUGAGAAUGAAAAUAACAGAGCUGGACAAAGCUUUAGAAGAAGUCACUAUGCAGCUGCAGGAUACACCUGAGAAGACAACAUAUAUUAAGCAGAAUCACUAUCAGGAGCUCAAUGAUAUUCUCAGUAUACGCAACUUCACAGAAAACAAAGAUGGCGAAAAGGCUGUAUUGAAAAACCACCUGGAUCAAAACCCACAAGCACAGUGGAAUACAACAGAGCCCUCUAGAACAAACAAAGACUUUAUAGAAGAUAUCAACUCCCCAGAACACAUACAGCGCCGACUCUCCUUACAGCUGCCCAUUCUUCACCAUGCCUAUUUGCCAUCGAUAGGAGGGGUUGAUGCCAGUUGUGCUAGUCCAUGUGUCAGCCCCAGUGCCAGUCCGCGGCACAGACAUGUGCCACCAUCUUUUCGUGUGAUGGUUUCUGGCCUGUAGGAGGAUAUUCAGAGCUUCCUGGACUGCUUUUGGUACUUAAUGGCUGGACUGAACGUCUUGUAUUGAACUCUUGCCUUCUACAUACUCCUUACUCUUAUCACAGAGGAACUAGUGUUAUAAGGCCAUUGUCAAGGGAGGACCAGCUCCACUGCUGUGGGAAAGCAUGCAAACUGGAGAUGGUUACCCAAAGGUUGAGCUGUAGCCUUACUUGUGGACGUUUUAUUUCUUUACAAAGAAAGUCACCAAACCAUGUUUCUUCCCAAAUUUCUCCUGGAGGCAAGGUGGCUGGAGAGAUAAACUUGACAAAGAACAAAGAAGAAGAAUCCCACUCAAGUGUCACUAAGCUUUGUAUAGCUUCUGAAUAUGUGGAAUCAUGUGCAAAAAAAGAAAAGAAAAAGGAAGAAAUCCCAUCAGCAGAGAGCUCUAAACAGAAAUUGAUACACUUUGUCUUGCAGGGGUUGCAUUCAGAUGGUUGGGCUGACCUUCAUUUUUGGGACUGCAUUCAUAGGGGAGGAGAAUCCUUUCUUGGGUGUCAUUCAGAUGAUUUCAUCCCAAUUCCUUUUCUCUUAAGACAUGCUUGAGAUAGAGGAUGUUUUAAGGAGGAAGCAGGUCUAGAGGCAAAAUUUCAGAGUGAAUGGCCAGAUGGAGCGUGAAGGAACUUGUUUUUGCAGGCGCGCCUUCCUCUUGCUAAGAUACAGGUUUUAGCAGGGGCCCAGGAUGAUACACAGAAAAUGGGGGCUGACAGUGCUCAAGGCUAAAGAUGGGUACUGAAGUCUUAAUGUUAUGAUUAAUUAUGGCCCCUCCCCCAAGUUUGUUUGAUUUAAACCACAACAUUAUUACACUACAGUUAAUUUAACACAGGAUGGGUGGGGAUGGGGGGCAUAGACACCACACUUCACUGCUGCAGAGGCAUCAACAGUAUAUACACAACCUUUGCUUCAUAUCUUUGCGUGAAUGACAGUGGUAAUUGAAAAUAAGCUGGUCUGAUUCAUGUUUGUCUGUAUGGAGGGAAAAAUCUUUUUAUUUUUUGAACUGAAAAAUGAAAGUUGGAAAGUGGUCUAAUCUUUUUUUGAAGAAGAAAAAAACCCACAAGACUAUUUUUACCUACUUCUUUUCCCACUUUGAUUUGCUGCCCAAGAAAUUAGAAUUUAAUCUUCCUAGGCAAAUGAAUUGGUAUUGGAGAGUAAUGAGCUCAUACAAAAUGUUCAAGUGGUUCUAUAACUUAUCAAUAAGGUCUGAGCCAAGCAUGUGCUACUUGUGUGCUAGUAAUUCUGCGCAUGCCUACGGGAACUAAAAAUGUUGUGCAUGCAUGAUCCAAAGAGGGGCACCCAUACUUUGUACAACUACCUGGCACAGAGAAUUUCAGUAUCCAUACUUCACUCUGGGCAUCUCUGGGCCAUGUCGAGAGAUACCACAUCAUAUGAAAUUCCUCUGUGCUGCGUAGUGUUAGGCCAGUUUGCUCACAGCCCCAAACUGUGCAUUCAAGCACAGUAGGACAGCUGAAUUCCCCCCAUCCCCCUUUCCCUUACUACAUUACAGGAUUUCAGUGCAAACCUCUGCGACUAUGCUUCUGAACGGCUGGUAUUCACACAUGACAUACUACUCAAUGAAAAGUACUGAUCUAUGAGAAGGCUCCCCAACACACAAUCUGCCUGUGAAUUGUGUGAGCUGGGCUUGCACAGGCAGGAAUGUACACACGUAGCUCUGGCCCAUUCCCACGGCAUACUACAAUUAAGGUGCAGAAACCAUAGAAAAGGCAUAGAAGCAAAUGUCAGAACCUGGCAGUGGCAUGGAGACAGGGAAAAUAUUUUCCCUCCAAGAGUUGUACAUUCAUCCAAUUCUGUUCAGUUAUUGGGUUGGGGGGGUUGCUAUCGUUAGACAAAAAAGCCCUAUGAGCCCAGAAAUCACAGUGGAAAAAGAGAAACAGAAUCACUUCUCUCAUACAGCCUUCUCCCUCCUUAAAUACCAUGGACUGCUAUCUACAGCCUUGGCCACUCUUAAAUCGUGGCCAAUUUGGAAUGCAGGAUUGUUAAACUUUGGCAAUACUGGCUGCCUUUUUAAAAUCUUGUAUUAAAUAAAGCUUGUGAAAUAAGGUGUGGUGGCGAUGGGGUGACAUUUACCACUGCGCCGUCCUCUGUCACCCAACAGGAAAGAAUUGUCUGUUCCACCAGUGUCCCCAGUGCAGCAUUUGGUAUCUGCAUGAAAAGUGAAGAAGGACUAGCUGAGUCACUGCUGAUGUCCCUGAUCCCACUUUCUUUGAUUAUAUUGCUAAUAAAUCUUAGUCCACUGGGGGCAUCACAGAAUGUGUCCCUGAACACAUAUCACUGAGGGGUCAUGGAGGCACCUGGAAGUGUCAGGAUGACACUAAGUCUACCAUGCAGGAAGUAGAACACAUUACUCUGAGCACUAACCACCGAAGGUGUUGUCUGGUGUGUGUGGGUGAGGAUGUGUGUGGGUGUGCGUGUACGUGUGCGUUGACAGUAUUCUCUUAAUUUAUUAAUAAACUUCAUCAGGACUUUAUUUAAUACAAAUAAAUAUUACUUUUCAAAAAAGGACAAUAAUACUGUAUAUAAUGUAUACACAAAAACAUUUCUGUAGAAAAUAUUAUUCCGACAUAGCAGGAAACAAAAACAAAAAAAGUUCAAAAGUAUUGGACUGUUGGCGGUGAGUGUGUGUCUGUAACUCUUUGUGAAUACUGACUGUGUGCUGUUUCUUAGGUUUAAAUCAUGCAGUACAUUCUUUGUCUCAAAUGCAACUGUAGUUUCUCCCACAACAUUUUUUUAAAAAAUUCCUGCAGAAAAUAAGACCCACAAAGUGACUAUAGCUAUUUAAUGUUUCUGUUUUUUUUAUACUGCAGCAAAAAUGUACUGUAAAAAAUUAUGAGGAGGCUGUGCCCCAGUGGCAUUUUCCAACCAAGUUAGUGCACAAAAGCUUUAACCUAGACUGGAAUUGUCAGAAUUAUUUUUUAAAAAAGCAAGAGAAGGAGAAAAAGAAAGUACCUGGAGAAUUUCUUGUAUACCCCUUAUACUGCAUGAAAAUCGAUUUUUAAUAAAUUGUUGCAAAAAAUCUGUUUUAUUAAUAAAAUAGAGAAAACCUAAUUAACUACUACUUGGUGGGUCUCUCUCUCUCUCUCAUAGCUAGCCUUACAAAACUGUAUCCACUAAUUUCUUCCAUCUGAGGAGCAGGAGGAACUUCAAGCACUAUUUGAUAAGGAACUUUCU